GGAGACGCUAUUGCUUAUAGGGAGAGUCGUUUGUUUCACGAAAUAAUUUUUAGGGCUCCUUACCACGGAUGCAAUUUCUGAUGUCCCUGUAAAGGAAGGACUGGCCGAGAUAACAAAACCGUUGGAGCGCGAAACUUUCGGUAAUGAGAAAAAGCCUGUUGUGCUCACCGUUGACCUUAGCCGUUCGGCGAAAGAUGUCAUAUGGACCAAGAAUGGCAAUGUUAUCACUGCCUCAGAGAAAUUUGAAAUGACAUUCGAGGGGAUGUCCUGUUCCCUCACGAUCAAGGACAGCGAUUCCAAUGAUGCGGGACGGUACAUGGUCCAGGUUGACGAAUCCCAAUCCUUCACCGAUCUGAAAAUUUCUGGAAAACCAAAGUUCAAACCAUGCUCGGGGGAAGUGCUAGAGGUCGGAAAGAGUGAAGACAUCGUGUUCAGUGCAGAGUUUGACGGCCAGGAUGAUGUAAUCGCGACUUGCUUUUUCAAUGGAUCUCCUGUACGGGAGGAUUCGAAGACUCAGCUUAUCGUUCAUGAAAAUUCAGUGAAGUUUUCAAAGAAGCAACCGACAAAGGCUGAUUCUGGAGAGUACACAGUGAAGCUGUCAGGCGAAUUCGGUGAAGUCACAAAAGCCUUCACUGUCAAAGUCAACAGCGAACUUGUUUCCGCCACUCACCUGUCCGUGCAAGAUCUUCGUCAAGGCAUAACCUACGAAUUCAAGGUGGAGGCUCUGAACGAGUCAGGAUUGUCAUCGAGCUCUAAUCUGCCAUCGGAACCGCUCACUAUUACACCGACCCCGGGAAUUCUCCUAAAUAGUGCAAAAUCGGACGUCACUGCAAAGGAUGCGCUCGCCAACAUCAUGAAACCGUUAGAAGCCGAAACUUUCGGUCAAGAGGAGAAGCCUACUAUACUUACUGUUGACCUAAAUCGUCCAGCCAAAGCAGUCAAAUGGACCAAAGAUGGCGAGGUUAUUACUGGUUCAGAGAAAUUCGAACUUUCAUCGGAGGGAACGUCGUGUUCACUUACGAUCAAAAACGUCGAUGUCGAAGAUGCGGGGCGAUACAUGGUUCAAGUUGACGAGUCCACAUCCUCCACGAAUCUUAAAAUUUCCGGGAAACCGAAGUUCAAAUCUUGCAUUGAGGAAGUAGUAGAGGUCGGAAAGAAUGAAGACAUCAUGUUCAGUGCAGAGUUUGACGGCCAGGAUGAUGUGGUCGCGACUUGCUUAUUCAAUGGAUCUCCUGUACGGGAGGAUUCGAAGACUCAGCUCAUCGUUCAAGAAAAUUCAGUGAAAUUCUCAAAGAAGCAACCAACAAAAGCUGAUUCUGGAGUGUACACAGUGAAGUUGUCAGGCGAAUUCGGUGAAGUCACAAAAACGUUCACUGUCAAAGUCAAGGGUGUGCCUGGGCCGCUUACGGGAAUCUCUGUCAACAAAAUUAAAACUAAUUCCAUUUCAAUCGCAUGGGAGAAGCCUGCAGAUGACGGAGGCGAACCGAUAACGGGUUACUUGAUAAAAAAGAAAGAGGCUGGCCGCCGAACUUUCCAGAAAGUGGCUCAGGUAGAACAGAAGACACAACCAGGAAAUUACUUCGAAAAACUUGUUUCUGAAACGAACACAUCACAAGUUGUGGAUGAUCUGAAGAAAGCAACGGGUUACGUAUUCAGCGUGGCAGCUAUCAAUAAAUAUGGAGUUGGAGAAUCGGUCGAAACUCCUGUCGUAACCACCGGCGCUUCUUUCGAAGCUCCACAAAUCACUCAACGACCCGUCGUUUCCGACGUUAGCUCUGGUGGUUGCCAACUAAAAUGGGAUCAGCCCAGCGACGACGGAGGGUCACCUAUCUGUGGUUAUAAUGUUUUUCUCAGAGAGAAUGCCGGAGAGUGGACAAAGGUUAACAGUAAGCUUGUUACCGAAACUUGCUUCCCCGUGAAAGAUCUUCGUCAAGGUGUAGCAUACGAGUUCAAGGUAGAGGCUCUGAAUAAAGCAGGAAUAUUGUCAAACUCCAACUUACCAUCGGAACCGCUAACCAUAGCACCGAUCACAGGACGAUCUGCAAAGAAUGCAACCCCUGAUGUCACUGCAGCGGGAGCACUCGCAACGAUAACAAAACCGUUGGAGUCCGAAACCUUCGGUACAGAGAAAAAGCCCGUUGGGCUCACCGUUGGACUUAGCGGUCCAGCGAAAAAUGUCAUAUGGACCAAGGAUGGCAAUGUUAUCACUGCCUCAGAAAAAUUUGAAAUGACAUUCGAGGGGAUGUCCUGUUCCCUCACGAUCAAGGACAGCGAUUCCAAUGAUGCGGGACGGUACAUGGUCCAGGUUGACGAAUCCCAAUCCUUCACCGAUCUGAAAAUUUCUGGAAAACCAAAGUUCAAACCAUGCUCGGGGGAAGUGCUAGAGGUCGGAAAGAGUGAAGACAUCGUGUUCAGUGCAGAGUUUGACGGCCAGAAUGAUGUGAUCGCGACUUGUUUCUUCAAUGGAUCUCCUGUACGAGAGGAUUCAAAGACUCAGCUUAUCGUUCUUGAAAAUUCAGUGAAAUUUUCAAAGAAGCAGCCGACGAAGGCUGAUUCUGGAGUGUACACAGUGAAGUUGUCAGGCGAAUUUGGUGAAAUCACAAGAGCGUUCACUGUCAAAGUCAAAGAUGUACCUGGACCACCUGCGAGAAUAUCCGUUGACAAAAUUGGAGGUAAUACGAUUUCAAUUGCCUGGGAAAAACCAUCAGAUGACGGAGGCGAACCGAUAACGGGAUAUGUGAUCAAGAAGAAGGAGGCUGGCCGUCGUACUUUCAAGAAAGUUGUUCAGGUUUCUGAUAUGAAGACAUCGCAAAUCGUGGAAGAUCUGAAGAUGGCUACGGAUUACGUAUUAAGCGUGGCAGCUAUCAAUAAAUAUGGAGUUGGCGAGGCUGUCGAAACUCCUAUCACUACCGCUAGCCCCUUCAAAGCUCCGCAGAUCGCUCAACCACCGGUCAUUUCCGACGUCAGCAGUGAUAGCUGUAUGCUAAAAUGGGAUAAGCCCAAGGAAGAUGGAGGGUCACCCAUUUGUGGUUACGAUGUUUUCCUCCGAGAGAAUGCCGGAGAAUGGACAAAGGUCAACAGCGAACUUGUUUCCGCCACUCAUUUAUCCGUGCAAGAUCUUCGUCAAGGCAUAACCUACGAAUUCAAGGUGGAGGCUGUGAACGAAUCAGGAAUAUCGUCAAAUUCCAAUCUGCCAUCGGAACCGCUUAUCGUUGCGCCAUCCUCAGAUAUGCCUGGACCUCCUAUGGGAAUCGCCGUCAAUUCAGUAAACGAUGACUCCAUUUCGAUAUCAUGGGAGAAACCCUUAGAUGACGGGGGCGAACCUAUUACAGGGUAUGUGAUUAUGGGAAAAGAAGCGGGUCGACGGACUUUCCAGAAGAUUGCUCAGGUAGGAAAAGAAGGAACAGUUUCUGAUACGAAGACAUCUCAAAUCGUGGAUGAUCUUAAGAUGGCAACGGGUUACGUUCUAAGCGUGGCAGCUAUCAACAAAUAUGGAGUCGGCGAAACGGUUGAAACUCCUGUUAUUACUACUGGCAGUCCUUUCAAAGCGCCUCUAAUCACCCAGCGACCGGUCGUUUCUGACAUUAGGAGUGAUAGCUGCGUGCUGAAAUGGGAGAAGCCCGAGUAUGAUGGAGGUUCUCCGAUCUACGGUUACGAGGUAUUCCUCAAGGAAAAUGGAGGGGAGUGGACGAAGGCCAACAACGAGCUUAUCUUCGCCACCCGCUUUUCUAAGGAUGGCCUUCGCCAAGGUGCAGUAUAUGAAUUCAAGAUAGAGGCUGUCAAUGAGGCGGGACUGAUGUCGAACUCUGGCUUAUCAUCAGAACCGUUGACCAUUACAUCAACAUCGGGCCUUCCCACGACUGCUCCCUCUGUCCCACGCAUUACAAUCACCGGUACCGAUUCCGUUACUGUCGACUGGGAUGUUCCUGAAAAUGUUGCACCUGCUGGUUUCACCAUUGCAUACAAGUCCGAGAGUUCUCCAGUAUGGGCUGAGGUAUGA